AGUACUGAAAGGAGACGUAUCUAUAAACACAAACGUGUGGCUUUGACUUCAUCGCGGUUGCCCUUACUAUCCUGCCCUUAGUAUUUCAUUUGCUUCAUGACGGUCGAAAUCUACAGUUUAUAUGUGAGUAAAGUGUUAUAAAUACUAUUUUAGAUAUCUCAUAACUAAAUUCUUGGAGUCGAUUAUUCACCAUGCAGGACUAUUACGGCCAGACUAUGACAUCCAGCUACUUUUCAGCCCCAAAAGUCGGGAUGGGUACCAGCUUCCUUCCGCCACUGGAAAGCACAAUGCAGGCGUCCUACAAAAGUUAUGCUCCACCGUAUACAGUAAGCCAAUCGCUAAACCUUCCAUGGAAGCCAAGUGUUUACUACCGUGGGGCAGAAAAGUCUAUGCCGAUAGCAAAAAGCGCACCAGAGUUGAACCCUGCUACAUUGUAUCGUGACGACGUAGUUUCUAGGGUCCCCCCGUUUGUUACCUCAUCGAGAACCGCUCUUUUCUCCAAGUACACUCCGACCGAUUGGUUCCGAAGCAACAACCAGAAUUACCGCAGCUCUGAUAUGACGAGAAGCGCCGCACAGAGGCUACGCGACGAGAACGUUCGAAUCUGCCACGACACGGACGCAAGGACGGUGAAAACUCAACAGGACACAAGCAAGAGCAUUGGUAAUAGGAUCAGUGACAUAAACUUUUGGAAAUCAGAACUGAAUCAUGAGCUGGAUGAGAUGGGCAAUGAGAUACAACGUAUUGCCGAUCACAAGAAACGGUUGGAAACGUCUCUUAGGGAAACAGAAGGCCCACUUAAGAUAGCGCAGGAGUGCCUGUUCAACAGAGAGAACAGGCAGGGUAUCGACUUGGUCAACGAUGCUGUCGAAAAAGAACUAUUACGGGAAGUUGAUAUUAUACAUCAGAGUCAGGAUAGAUUGAGGACCAUGAUUGACAAAGCUAACGCCCAACUAAGCAUGAACCGUGCGGCUCAACAUGAACUUGAAAAAGACGUGAAUGAUAAAUUCCGUGCAUUCAACAUUGAUAAUAAAAGUCAUCAACUACAUAACAAUGCCCAAGGCAUAGCAUUCCAUCGUGGAGUUGAAGGAAUAGACCAAACGGUAUCUUUGCCGGAAUCUUGGGCAAAAUUUACUAGCGACAACAUUCUGCGUUCCCAACGUGAGCGUAACAAUUCGACCCAUCUACGAGGUGAGGCAGACAACACCAUGCAAGAAACGUCGAAUAAUAUGUGGACGCAGUAUAACACUGUCAAUGUUUCCUUCAGUGGAAGGAUCGCCGAAACAAUGGACGCACGUAACAGUAUUCAAAGCCACCUUACAAGGGUGCUUCAAGAGAUUGACGAAAUGCAAAACAACAUUCACGUCCUCCGUAAGUCAAUUUAUGACAAAGAAGCACCACUACAGGUUGCCCAGUCUCGUCUAGACAACAGGACAAGGAGACCAAACGUUGAGCUUUGCCGUGAUCAACCUCAGCACAAACUUGUCAGAGAAGUUGGUGAACUUUACGAGACAGUUGAUAUUCUACAGAAUCGUCUACGAGCUGCCGAGUGUGCACUCGGCGAACUUGUCCGCACCAAGUCAACUCUAGAACACGAUUUGUCUGUGAAAAACAACAGUCUAUACGUAGACAAAGAGAAGUGUAUGGGAGUUCGAAAGACGUACCCGACCACCGCCAGACUCGCUGGCUAUAGAGGGCAGUAAAGUGACAUUAUGGAAAGCAUGGUAAUAUUAAUAAUUCCAUAAAUCCAGAAUCGUAUUCCAAAGAUUACAGCGUUAAGACCAAAUAAUUUAGAAUUUCAUCAAUGAGUUUGAUUCCAAAGCAGAUGAUUCAUCGGCCGAAUUCUGAUUUAUCUCUGCUCUGCAAUGGCGGAUCCUGGAGAGGGUAGGUGGGUGGGGGUUUGUGCCGAGUUAUAAGGGGUUAAGGUUGGUGUUUUUGACCAUUUUGCAGGUCCAGAAAACUAAGCCUCCUGGAAACUAAAUGAUUUUACACUAUUUGGCUGUUUCAAAGAUGGGGCGGCCCUUUUGUCACCCUUCAUCAGCCACUGCUGUAGCAGAUUGUAUGGUGUUCUUUGGUCAUAGAAUUAUAUAUAAUUGGAUGUGCACUCCUAAUAAGAAAUGUAUCACUAAUAUUUAAAUAUUCUCCCUCAUGCACAGUACACUCAUUUUGCAAAUAAACUCAAAAUUAAAUAGCGGUAAAUUGCUUAAAGGAAACGGUUAUAACACGUUUGAAAGGAUUUUAAAGGUAUAAACAGUAUUUAUAAGUCAAUCGUGACGUCAUAAUUUUUUUCAAGCAUUAAAUCUAACUAAAAUCAAAUUACUAAUUGCUUAAUAUUAUAGGCCUAUAAAAUACAAAAUGAUUGUGCUAUUAAUAAUUAUUAUGAUUCUCUUCGACCUUUAAUAAUUAUUUUUUUUAAAUAACGAUAGGGCGUUGGUAAUAAAUUAAAUGUAACAAAAGCAGGGACGGACUGGAUUUGCAACCAACGUAUACGUUUACGUAUGUAAUUUCGUAUGAAACGCCAUUUUGUCAAUUCAGGGCAGAUUUGACACGACGCAUCUGCACUAAAGGCACUAAUGGCGUUCCAUAAUAAUGAUACUUUAUAAUAAUGAACAAAACGGACUUGUGCAAAUGUGUUAUGCUAAUACUAAAAUAUAAUUAUAAUGUACUUUUUUCUAUGCAAAAUAUAAUUUUCGAUGGAUAUAAUGCACACAAUAUAUAACUAUGCUCGUGAUUAAUUUAAAGCCAGGUCAUGGCGUCUUUAAUAUAAUAUGUAGUUAGUAUAUCAUUCAUCAUCUCAAAAUUAGCAGUUAAUGAUAUCUUUGAAGUGUGCAGCACUGUGGCAUUAUGUAAAAUAGAUUGUUAAUGUGUUGAAUAUAUUGAAACAUUUUGUGAAUGUUGAGAUAGCCAGCAUAUCAGAUCUCCGUCCAUAUCGUAUAAGCAUUUCACUCAGCGCUUAUGCUGAGUAAAUAUGUCAAUACAUCUACGUCGUCAUGUUUUCUUUGUUAUUGCGUAAAUUAGAUUCUAUAUUUUUCUACGCUUGUUUUCGUCGACGUUUACUAUUCUAUUGUGGAAAAAAGCAAGGGGAGAUAUUUAGGCCUGUUUAAGUAAUUCACAACAGCACUGCAAAAUGAUGGGUAUUUUAAACAUUUUUAAAGGAACAAAAUUGAAACAGAACAAUAGGAUUCACUUUUAAAGACUUGUUUUAUACGUCAAUUACUUGUCUGCUCACAUUCUAUUUUGCAGCAUAUGAACUUAUUAUAUUUGUCAUGUGUAAGUCUAUAAAUAUAAAGUAAAAAAUUCGUAGUCUGAACUGCAUAUGCCCGUAUCAGAUCAAUCGACAUAAAGACACACCACAUAUACACACAACAUAUGUUUAUGUCGAUUGACCUGGGAUACGGGCAUGCGCAGUGCAGACUAUGAAAUGGCUUAUUGGCAAUGUUUGAAAAAUGAUACGGUAUCUUAAUUGGUUGAUAUGUACAUAUUGAUCGUGAAAGCCUAACCGUAUUGCAUUAUGGUUUUGAACAAAAUAUUUGCCGUGAGAACACUGUUAAAAUUGUAUAAUAUUUGAAUAAUAAAAGUACUACACGUUUGGAAAUGUC